AUGUCCUCCGAUUUCAAGAUUGCCGUCUCCCACAAGAGAGAGAUAUCCAAAGACGAUCAAAGCCCUCGCAAGAAAAUGUCCCAGCAAAGCACUGGCAAGUGCCCUGUCGUGCACACUGCCGACACGGGUAGAAAGAACCCCGACUGGUGGCCCAAUGCUGUCAAGCUCGACAUCCUCCGCCAGCACAACCCCUCCAGCAACCCCUACGGCCCCGACUUUGACUACGCCGCUGCUUUCAAGUCUCUCGACUACAAUGCUCUCAAGAAAGAUCUCCAUGCUCUCAUGACCGACUCUCAAGACUGGUGGCCUGCCGACUUUGGCCACUAUGGCGGUCUCUUCAUCCGCAUGAGUUGGCACGCCGCCGGAACCUACCGUGUCUUUGACGGCCGCGGUGGUGGUGGCGAGGGCCAGCAGCGUUUUGCCCCCCUCAACAGCUGGCCCGACAACGGUAACCUGGAUAAGGCUCGUCGUCUUCUCUGGCCCAUCAAGCAAAAGUAUGGCAACAAGAUCAGCUGGGCUGAUCUGCUGGUCCUUGCCGGUAACGUCGCCCUUGAGUCCAUGGGUUUCAAGACCUUUGGCUUCGCUGGCGGCCGUGCCGACACUUGGCAGUCUGACGAGGCCGUGUACUGGGGCUCCGAACCCCAGUGGAUGACCGACAGCCACCGUUACAGCAAGGAUUCUUCUGGCAAGCGUGACCCCGAGAGUCUUGAGAAGCCUCUUGGUGCCCAGAUCAUGGGUCUCAUUUACGUCAACCCCGGUGUCGAGGACCCCGUCACUGCUGCUCAUGACAUCCGCACCACAUUCGGCCGUAUGGCCAUGAACGAUGAGGAGACCGUUGCUCUCAUUGCUGGUGGCCAUACCUUUGGCAAGACCCACGGUGCUGCUCCCGACAGCAACGUUGGCGCUGAGCCCGCUGGCGCGCCCAUUGAGCAGCAGGGCUUUGGAUGGAAGAACGGCCACAACACUGGCAAGGGCGGUGAUGCCAUCACCUCCGGCCUCGAAGUCAUCUGGACCAAGACUCCCACCAAGUGGAGCAACCAGUUCUUCGAGUACCUCUUCAAGUACGAAUGGGAGCUCACCAAGAGCCCUGCUGGCGCUCCUCAGUGGGUUGCUAAGAACGCUGAGCCCUUCAUUCCCGACGCUUUCGAUCCUAGCAAGAAGCAUCUUCCCAGAAUGUUGACGACUGACCUGUCCCUUCGCGUGGACCCUGCCUACGAGAAGAUCUCUCGUCGCUUCCUUGAGAACCCUGACCAGUUUGCCGAUGCCUUUGCUCGCGCUUGGUUCAAGUUGCUGCACCGUGAUCUCGGUCCCAAGGCGCUCUACCUCGGUCCCGAGGUCCCCUCUGAGGAUCUUCUCUGGCAAGACCCCAUCCCUGCCCUCAACCACCCCAUUGUCGAUAACAACGAUGUCGCCACGCUCAAGAAGGCUAUUCUUGACACUGGCCUCAGCACUUCCAAGCUUGUCUCGACUGCUUGGGCGUCUGCCUCGACUUUCCGUGGCAGUGACAAGCGCGGUGGUGCCAACGGUUCUCGCAUCCGUCUCGCUCCCAUGAAGGACUGGGAGGUCAACAACCCCUCACAGCUCUCGGAAGUUCUCGGCCAGCUUGAGAAGAUUCAGCAGAAGUUCAACGAGUCCCAGAGCAACGGCAAGCGUGUAUCGAUUGCCGAUCUUAUUGUUCUUGCCGGUGCCGCCGGUGUCGAGCAGGCUGCCAAGGGUGCUGGUGUCGACAUUACCGUCCCCUUUACCGCCGGUCGCAUGGAUGCCACCCAGGAGCAGACCGACGUUGAGUCCAACAACUAUCUCGAGCCCAUUGCCGAUGGCUUCCGUAACUACGCCGGUCGUGGUGCCAUCGACCGCCUGGAGCACUGGUUGGUCGACCGCGCUCAGCUGCUUACGCUUACCCCUCCUGAGCUCGCAGUCCUCGUUGGCGGUCUUCGCACCAUUAAUGUCAACUACGAUGGUUCUUCCAACGGUGUUCUCACCUCGCGCCCCGGUACCCUGAGCAGCGACUUCUUCACCAACCUUCUCGACAUGAACACUGUCUGGGAGCCCAUUCAGCCCGAUUCUGGUGUCUACAAGGGCAGCGACCGCAAGUCUGGCGAGCAAAAGUGGACAGCCACCCGUGUCGACCUCGUCUUUGGCUCGCACGCUGAGCUCCGCGCUCUGGGUGAGGUUUACGCUCAGCCUGAUAAUGCCCAGAAGUUUGUCAAGGACUUUGUCACCGCUUGGGACAAGGUCAUGAACCUCGACCGCUUCGACAUUAAGCCCGCUAGCAAGCCCCGUCUGUAA